AUGGCACGUACGAAGCAAACCGCUAGGAAGAGCACAGGAGGAAAGGCCCCGCGCAAGCAGCUGGCCACAAAGGCCGCUCGCAAGAGUGCUCCCGCCACGGGAGGCGUGAAGAAGCCCCAUCGUUAUAGGCCCGGAACGGUUGCGUUGCGUGAAAUUCGUCGGUACCAGAAGAGUACGGAACUUCUCAUCCGCAAGAUGCCCUUCCAGCGCCUCGUUCGUGAGAUCGCACAGGACUUCAAGACCGAUCUUCGCUUCCAGAGCUCAGCAGUCUCUGCUCUACAGGAAGCCAGCGAGGCCUACUUGGUUGGUCUUUUUGAAGACACCAACCUGUGCGCCAUCCACGCCAAGCGCGUCACAAUCAUGCCGAAGGACAUCCAGCUGGCUCGCCGCAUCCGUGGUGAGAGGGCUUAA